AUGGGAAUAACCGUCCAGAACAUCACAGGGAACACAGCGGUGGUGAUCUGGCCCCAGAUGGCCAGCUGCGCCGACAGCUUUUACAGCGUCAUGUACCACCCCAACUGGAAGAGCAUGCCGGCGAGCUACUCGAGGAAGAGCUUCCAGAAGGAAGAGAGGGUGCCCGCCAGCCGCUCCUCCUUCGUGGUCGAAAACCUGACUCCGCUGACCACGUACAUCCUGUGCGUCACCUGCCAGUCCGCCAACCCCUCCAGCGACCAGUGCAGGGUCUUUAACACGCUGCAACGAGACCCGGCGUCCGCCGGCACCGCCAAGAAGGAGCUGGCGCUGGGCAUCUGGCUGGCCAGCAGCCUCCUGCUCCUCAUCAUCGCCGCCGUCCUCCUCUACGGCUGCCUGCACCUGCUCUGCCGCAGGAGGCGCGAGCGCCCGCGAGGGCGAGCCGGGUCCUCCGAAUGGGACCCGGGGAAGACGUGGACCAAAAGCGCAGCAGGCGCCUCCGAGGAGCUCGGCGUGCAGGGCCAACGGAGGCGGGACGGCGAGGAGAAGCAGCCGGGUGGCAUCCAGCUGGCCACGAUCAUAGAGAACCCGUCAGCCUGCCAGGAGCCCUGCUGGCCCGCUUCCGAGAGCCGGGAACGAGUGCCAAGGGCCGGGCCGUACUCUGCCAUCAAUUAGAAGCCUUUUGGCAGGGAGGAGACCUUCUGCCACUUGGGACAUCCCAGUCCUUCAACCCCAUCGCGUGCUCUGUCUGCACUCGCGACAGGGGCUGCUCUCUGCAGCGCUCCCGUCUGUGCCUGCCGCCAUCACGGCCCCGUCCGACACCCUUGUGCUGCCCCAAGUACUCAGAGGCAAAGGUUUGGGCUGCCCACGACUCUGCUGCGAUUUGCUGCUUCAAAAUGCAUCAGUUUGUAUUUUGAGGGCUGGUUUGGGUUUCUUUACUUGAGAAAAGAAACAAAACCGAAUGAAAGCGGUAACCCAAACAUUGAUUUAUUUAUUACUUGAGCAAAUAAAAAUCUAAUAGAUUUUUUCACACGGAAAGCCAGAUUGCCAUACUGAAACACACACCCUGAGCAUGACAGCUUGCUGGCACGAGCGUUACCCCUGCACUUCUGACUGCUUCUCAAACCAGACACGUGGCUGACCACGGUGCUCUCGGUACCACCCAUUCUGAAUGAGGGCUCGGUCUCAGCACGUACACUAAACUCAGCAGGAUUUUAAUGGUAUCCCUUCAUCUAUCUUUGAACUUUCCCCUCAGUCCAAAAACAUACACAAUAUAGCAACUCUGUAAGGACAGUUCCAAAUAACCCAAGCAAAUACCCUGGGAUGUCUUACUUGGAGCUCGUCAGCACCCACCAGAAGGUACUUUCGGCUCCCCAGGCGAGUGACUCCCUGUAGAGGCACCAGAGCUCAGAGAAGCAGCUCCUGGUCCUUCCUCCUCCUUCUCCUUCAGUUUUAAAUAAUAAAACUCAUUCAUCAGCUACAAGUUUCUAUCCAACCAUACCGUGAGUUUUGUAUGACCAAGGGGGCAAGGCAGUAAAAACACGCCUAAAGGCAUGUUAUUUUUGUAACAAUCCAAUCUGCUAGUCAUCUAAUUGCGCCUUGAACAUCACGGCAAGAAAAAGCCCUUCAGACAGAAAAGUACCAAGAAAA